AGUCCGGGGUUUUUGUAUAGCUCAGACUCGGUAUCGGGGCUUCAGGAUACCGGGCGGCCGGGCAAUACCCUGUAUUGAGGCAUCUUCUUAAGUCCAGGCGGUGUAUGUGAAAAGUGACAUCACUCGAGGUGGGUAAGUCAACCCUACCCAGCUCGACUCCCUGCAGGUUGCAUGCAUCCUUAGUGGGACGCGACUUUCCAUUAUAAAACCCCCUCUUUCUUUCGAUGUCUGAUGGUGAGGGGGAAAGUGAAUGAAUAUUACAUGAUUGUUGUCGCUCGCUCCGUUUAUUGUCUUCGAAAUAUUCGCAAUCAUGGCAUUGGUUCUGGUCGGAGUCGUCGUUCUUACUAUACUGCUUAGAUUCCUCUAUAAUGGGCUCGUAAAUCCCCUGUCGCAUAUCCCUGGCCCACUUUUAUCGCGAUGGACCGCCUUGGUUAUGAACUACUACUGGUUGAAGGGCAAAAAGGUGAUUUACGUCGAUGAACUACACAAGCAAUAUGGUCCCGUGGUUCGCAUUGCCCCCAACGAAGUCGAUAUCUGUGAUAUCAGCGCAGCAAGAGAAAUCCACAAGACAGGCGGUCGCUUUUUGAAAUCCGAAUGGUACAGACUCCUCAUCCCACGCGCCUUCGAGUCGGUUUUCUCAACGCCUGACCCUCACCUUCAUUCCUUUCGUCGACGUCUGCUCGCCUCGCCCCUUUCGGAUUCAUCUUUAGCCAAAUUCGAGGCUCAAGUCCGGGCAUUGAUCGAUCUCACGAUUCGGCAAAUGUCUCGCGAGUUAAAAACGAAAAGCUCGGCGGAUGUGUUCAAAUGGUGGUUAUUCAUGACCACAGACAUCAUUGGCGAGUUGAGCUUCGGUGAAUCUUUUCGCAUGUUGGAGAAAGGAGAGAAAAACCAGUAUAGCCAUGAUCUAGAGCAUCUCGGCUCAUUGGCGCCUAUACGGACAACCUUUCCCUUCCUCAUGAAGAUCGGCGCCGUUCUCCCCCUACCUAUAUUUCGUCAAACGGUGGAAGCAGGAAAUAGACUCCAGGAGUAUGCACGACAGUCCAUUGAACGCCACAACUCAUACCUUGCCAAGGAUCCAUCGACCGCCAAAACCACGCUCUUCACAAGAUUGACCAAAGCAGGCGAAAAGGGCCUCUCAGAACAGGAGACCUGCAGCGAGGCGCGGGCGUAUAUCGUCGCCGGCAGCGAUACGACCGCCGUAACACUCACCUACCUCGUUUACGCAGUGUGCAGCGACAGUCGCGUCCGAGAUAAGCUCGUUUCCGAGCUAAGCAGCCUCCCGGAACCCUUCACGGACCGAGAUACCCGUAACCUACCGUAUCUGGACCAAGUUAUCAAGGAGACACUGAGACUGUACACGGCGGUUCCGGGCGCAUUACUGAGAACCGUCCCCGGGGAGGGAGCUCACCUGGCCGGAUUCAGCUUCCCUGGAGGGACAACCGUGUCCACGCAAGCAUACAGCAUGCAUCGAGACGGGAACAUCUUUCCUGAUCCGCUCAUUUUCAAGCCGGAACGGUGGAACUCGCCUACCAAGGAGAUGAACGACGCGUCGUUGCCCUUUGGGGGUGGAUCUCGCAUUUGCCUUGGGAUUCAUCUGGCUCGGAUGGAACUACGGCUUGCUACGGCUUUGUUUUUCCGUGCUUUCCCUUCGGUGAGGAUGUCGCGGGGUGAAGGAAUGUCUGACGAUGAUAUGAAGAUGGUGAGCUUUUUUUUGCUCUCGCCGAAGGGACAUAGGUGUCUUGUCGAGGCGUGA